UCUUCCAUUUCCUCAUCAAACACGACGCAGCAGCCCAGCCGAGCAGAGCCAGGCCGGGAACAAGACAAAGCCGAGAAGCUCUCGCUCUUCUCUUCUCUCAGGUUGGUGGGUUCUGCUCACCAGUCUCCCUCGCAGCAUACAAAGCCCCCUCUCCAUCCUCCCUGCACUCGGAGACACACUGGCCACUGGGGAUUCUGGGAACACACUCUCCAUCACAGCAAGGAACCAUGAGGACCAUCAUGGCGAGGAGCCCCCACGAGUCGUCCUUCUCCUUCUCCCGGAGGAACUUCAAGUGGCCGGUUCUUGGCAAGAGCACCAGCCACGGCGCCACGGCCGGCGUGGAGGACGGCUCCGCCAAGGGCUCGGAGGCCGAUGACGAGGACGAGGCGGCCAUGGCAUUCUCCUCCAGCUGCCCGUCGUUCCACUCGGAGGACUUCGUGUCCCUGCCGCCGCCGCCGCCGCCGCCGAAGCAACGCGGCAAGAAGGGCCGCACCGCUGUCUCCCGGCUGCGCACUGCGCUGGCCGCGGCCAUCGCCGGCCGGCACCGGCAGGUCGGUCUCGGCGCACGGCUCACGGGCACGCUCUACGGCCACCGCCGCGGCCACGUCCACCUCGCGUUCCAGGUGGACCCGCGCGCGUGCCCCGCGCUGCUGCUCGAGCUCGCCGCGCCCACGGCGUCGCUGGUGCGCGAGAUGGCGUCCGGCCUCGUCCGCAUCGCGCUCGAGUGCGACCGCGCCAAGGCAGCCUGCGCGUUCCCGAGCGCCGCCGCGACCAGCGGCGGCGGCGGCAGCAGGAAGCUGGUGGAGGAGAAGGUGUGGCGCGCGUACUGCAACGGCAAGGGCUGCGGUUACGCGGUGCGCCGCGAGUGCGGCGCCGCGGACUGGCGGGUGCUGCGCGCGCUGGAGGCCGUGUCCAUGGGCGCGGGCGUCAUACCGGCGGCGUGCGGCGGCGGUGAGGGGGACGUCAUGUACAUGCGCGCACGCUUCGAGCGCGUCGUGGGCUCCCGCGACUCGGAGGCGUUCUACAUGAUGAACCCGGACAGCAGCACCGGCGGUAAUGGCGGCCCGGAGCUCAGCAUCUACCUCCUCCGAGUUUGAUGGCACGUUCAGCUGCGCUGCGCCAGCCACCGUGAUCUCCCAUGCUUUAAGCUGUUGCCUUCUACUUGUGCUAUCUUUCAUGUUUAUGGUGUGGUUGUUGUGAAAAAAUGAUGUCCGUUUAGACUUUGGACCGCUGCAAAAUGGAACGGAGUGGAAACUUUCUUUUUAGGGGCUGAGAACUGAGAAUGUGAGUGCGCCAAGAGAAUGUGGAAACUCUCUAGUAAGACCAUAGUGAGAACUGAGAAUGUGAGAGUGCCAAGAGUUGAG